GCGUGACGCGAUCUCGAUGCAAUUUGCAAUAACACAUUACGAAUGACCUUCGAUGGUGGCUGUUAUCUGCUGCUAAAAAAGAUUAAUAUUUAUAGUACUGUUUCCUCCAAAUUAUAGAUACCGAAGAAAUACGAAGAAAAAGUUCAUCGUUGCGUAGUGCAGUUAAGUGUAACUAAAGUGAAAUAUGACUCCGUUUAAUUUAAGUGAGCUUGGAAGUCAAUUGGAGAAUGUUGCACAAAAGUAUUCCGGUGUGUGUUUUGCGAAGAAAGGGCUCAAGCUUGAUUCUGAAGAAGAUGCGGUGGAUGUUGUGAAAGCAAUACGAGAAUGCCCGAAAUUGGAAAUUUUGGAUUUAGAAGGCAACACUUUGGGGCCGCUUGCUGCUAAAGCUGUGGCUCAGAUAUUAGAGGAAAAAGGUUCUUUUCUAAAAUGUGCACACUGGAAGGAUAUGUUUACUGGUCGCUUGAAAUCAGAAAUACCAAAAGCCAUCGAGUACCUUGGCUCGAGUCUAUGUACUGCUGGAACUCGUCUAAUCGAAUUAGAUUUAAGUGACAAUGCUUUUGGACCAAUCGGAGUAAAAGGAUUAGCCUCAUUUUUGACAUCCAAUACAUGUUAUACUCUUCGCGAAUUACGACUAAAUAACAAUGGGCUAGGAACGUCUGGUGGUAGUUUGUUAGCGAAAGCAUUAUCUGAUUGCUAUGAAAAUAGCUGUAAAGCAGGAGAACCUCCUUUGGCGUUGAAAGUAUUUGUAGCAGGUAGAAACAGAUUAGAAAAUGAGGGUGCAAAAGCAUUAGCAGCAGUGUUUCAGAAAUUAACUAGUUUAGAGGAAAUUGUAAUGCCUCAAAACGGUAUUUAUCAUGAAGGCAUAGCAGCACUUGCAUGUGGAUUAUCAACAAAUUUAGGGCUGAGGAUUUUAAAUUUAAAUGAUAAUACAGUCUGUGUGAAGGGAGCAUGUGCUCUCGCUAAAGCAUUACCGAAUUUUAAAAAUUUAAUACAGCUUAAUUUAGGAGAUUGUUUGCUCAAAACACAAGGAUGCAUAGUUCUUGCAGAAGCAUUAGGAAUUGAGGGUAACCAUCCUUUAUUAGAGGAAGUCAAUUUGAGCUAUAAUGAAAUUCGGUCUGAAGGUGCUGAACCAAUAGCUAUUGCUAUGGCUGAUAAGGAUCGAUUAACAAGUCUACAAUUGGACGGAAAUUCGUUCGGAAAAAGAGGACAAUAUGUACUGAUGAAAUCGCUUACUAAUUCUAAAAGACUUUCGGCAUUGGGCUCGUUUCAAGAUGAUGAAACAUGUGAUGAAGAUGAUGAAGAUCAAGAUGAGAAUAGUGACAGUGCCAGUGAAGAAAAUGAAGAUGAUGAGGAAGAAAAGGAGGAUGCAAUUGAAAAUGGCAAUGAAACACCAGAUAAUAUUAAUAUACCAAAAGUAACUGUACCACAAUUCUUAAAAUCACCAUCAUAUGACAAAUUAUUAUUAUUACAAGGUGAAAUUGCACAAGAUUUUAUAGAUCAUGCCAAAGAGUUAUCGGAAAAUUCUGAUACAUCUCCGGAACAAAAGUUCAUUGAAGAACUCACAAGAAUGGUUAUGAAAAUAUCAUCCUUAUGUGCAUCUGGCUAUGUUGAUGUCAGAAUAAAAGCACAAAUUUUAACAGAUUCUUUGUAUGCAAUGUUAUGUUCUUGUGCGAAGGAAAAUAAUCAGAUAUCUAUUUGGAAUAAUACAUUACUGGUUAGCCUAGGUUUAAUUAAAAGUGAAAACAAACAAAGUGGAAAAAUUGAUUGGGACUUAGAUGGUUGUUUCAAAGCAUUGGAGCAGGUGAUUCACAAGGACUAUUUUUUGGAAGAUACCCGAAACACGUUAAAAUUAUUUCUGGAUAAACCAAUACAAAACAAGAAAAAAGCAGUGGAUUUGUGCCAGGACUCAAAAGAUUCGCUUCGAAAUGUCUUAAAUCGCACGCAGGAUACAUAAUAAAUAUUAAGAUACAUUGGUUUGCGAAACAUUAAUAUAAGAUAUACCUAUUUAUUGUUAAAUAUUUUGCAAGUUGUAAAACAGACGUGGUUUUAUACAACCUUAUGAAAGGAAAUGAUCAUAUAUCAUGCAAUGUAUACAGAUUAUUAAUGAUUAAGUGUUCAGUGCGAAUUUUGUAUUUUACAACAAUUGUUCACAUAACACCUAUACAUCAAUAGAUUCAAUUUAGUUACAAAAGUUUGGAAAAUAAGAUUGUUUUAUUGACGUAUCACUAAAUGUCACAUUAUAAUAAAUUGUCAAAACAAAAUCUGGUAAUAUAAGUGCAACACGUAUUUUGAUCACAUUUAUCAGUGAAGUUACAAAAAUGUUUAAACCACGUAUAUCAAAAUUAGACUAGAACGUCGAAAGUAAAUGUAGAAAUUACUUAUGCAUUUGGAAUAUGGAAAAUAGUUUAAAAUUCAUACAUAAUAAAUAACAUUCAACAGUAAAAACAAAAUCAAAUGCAUUGACAGUUCUGUGAGUUCCGCGAAUGUUUAUUAAGUGUUCAAAGAAACAGUGUAAAUAAGAUUAUUUCAUAAUUAAUUUAAAACCUCAAGCCCUACAUUAUUGUAACUCUUGAAAGUGUCACCUACCAUACAAAUUAGAACUUUGAACGAAGUUCCUAAUAAUUACACAAUUAUAAUAUCACGGAACUUUAUUUCGUUAUUUCGCGAGUAUCGUAGAUGUUGGAUGCCAUCCGGGCUGAAACAAAUCCACGGCUAAUGGCAAACAAUGCGAUGAUGGUUGGUCUUUCAUGUACACUGUUGCCUAAAAUACCAAAUAUAUAGAAUAAUAUGUAUCGAUGAAUAUAAAAUUUAUUUUUAUACGUACAAGAAACA